AUUUUAAAGAAAAAACACAAAAGACAAAAUGAUAAGAAAUUGGAUUUUCAUAUUUAUAGCAGGAUUGUUUGCAACACAAUCUGCUUUUGGAUCAGCCAAACCAUUAUUUCUCAAUAGUUGUGGAGAAUUAGGGAAAACAGUUCCUAAUAUUUUAGAAAAUCAGCCAGUUGGUACUGUCUUGUUCAAUAUAAGUGGAAUUAAUGAUAAAGAUGCCUUUCGGAUCAACAAAGAUAAUUAUGGAUGCAUCAAUGCAACAAAGGACAAAUCAGGCUUUGGAAUAGUAUCAGUGAAGAAAGAAAUUGAUUAUGAGCGUGUAGUGAGUUAUUUUGGUGUUCUUGAAAUAGUAUCAGAAAUAAAUGAAUAG